AUGGCAUCUCUGGAACGUGAAGGCUUACAGCGAACCGGGUCGGAAGAGGAGCUACUGGAAAGAUUAUCCCACGUGGUGGAAAUAUCAGAAGAGAAUCACAUAUUUCCGCAAGAUAAUCAAUUUCUACCUCUAACCAACGAUUCUGAGCCUUCUCCAUCCUACCAUGAGGUAAAGCCUCCAGCGCCGACAAAGCUAUAUAUUCCACCAACUUACUUUCCGUCUGAAUUGUCUAUCGAUUCCGCAAAACUGUUUGCCCCUUCUACUCAACGCUUGUCUGCGCGAAUAUCAGAAUGUGUAUCUCCCAAGGAACUUGAUCCAACCCAAGAGACGGUAACAGAAUUUCCAGACGCAUCAGACGACAACACUGCGCAUGAUGUUUUUACAGAUCCACGACCUGUAACACCACUUGGAGUGCUGAAUGCACCAUUUCCAUAUCCUGGCGAAGAUUAUGGUUUGCCUGAUCCAUUGUUCAAACCUGGUGUCUACCUUGGAACACUCAUACAGCCAGAUCGCAAGCCUGGCGAUAGGAAUGUCGUCUAUGCGACUAUAAGUAAGAAUGCGGUAUCUCGCAGCUGGAUUUCCCCUAUUGUACUGACCGCUCACAAAACCAAUAAGUUUGGAGGACACUGUAAACUUAACCGCCACCCCAGAGUUAAGUUUGAAGAGAUCGAAUUUCGAGAUGACCUAAAAGAUAAAUGUCAGACAUAUGAAGCAAUGAGAGAACUUGUAGAACGCAGGAUCAGUGGAUGGUAUGAAACAUAUGAGGUUCGUUAUGCGAGGACAUCAUGA